UAUAGCUGUCGCAAAAACAUCGAAUGAUUGGCCAAAUCUAUCAUGCGCUAGCUAUGCCACUUAGGCAGCUGCGAAAUUAUUGGAAGCAAGAUCAACAAGGAUAAUAUCCCCAUUUGUGAAUUUGCAAUAUUUGUCCCGGCCAUGACAUUACGGAUUUUUGUGUUGUAAAACGCGAAAAGGACGAUGCUUAUUUAACAUAUAUCCAGGUUAAUAACCACGGAGAGUUGAACAUAUUUAGACACUUCACAGACGAGUACUGGUGCGAGUGGAGAAACAAGUGGAAAUUGGAUUGACAACGACAGGAAAAUGAACUUUUGUCUGCUCUUAGUUGUAUUUUAUCUUGUAAAGCAUUAUGAGAUCGCUGGGUAUGGCAUAUCGGUAAGCAUAACAACAGACAACUACGGUAGUUUAAUCACCAAUACUGGCGAGGAACGUACUGUUAAUGGCGACUGGCAAACGUAUGAGCAUUUUACCUUACGUGGUGAUACCAAAACUGUGACAAUAAAAGCCCGUAAUCCAGGCGAAGUUGGUGGAAUACUUGCCUCAUUCAACAAUAGCGUGGUCACAGAUACUUCAUGGGAAUGUGCCGAUAUGAAAGGUUGCGAAAGCUCGUGUGCUCAACCCGGAUGGGAACAAGCCGUUGCGUACGGGAGAAAUGAUGAUCCGACGACGAUAUGGUAUACCACUAAUGGUAAUAAAACUGUUGAUAAGAUUUCAUCAGAUGCACAAUGGAUUUGGGUAAGGGAUGAAUUGGCAACGAAAGUGUGGUGCAGAAAGACCUUCGACAAUCCGACUACAUCAAGUCAAUUACAGACGAAAAAAUCUGUCCACAAUACAGAACCUCCUCUGGCUCUGACGAGUCAAUCUCAAACAUCUGGACAUAAUACAGACGUACAAGGUACGUUGUCCCACAGUACAGAAAAACUCGACAACAAUCGUUUUUCACAAACAUCAAGACACGAUACAGCGACCUCAACCUCUACGUUGAGUCCAGUUCCAACCCAAACAACUUCACAUAGCCAUGGUGCGACCUUGCAAGCAUUUCGUUCUUUGAGUCGACUUCAAACGCAAACAACGACUCUACAUGGUAAAGCAUCGCCUUCGCUGAGUCAACUACCAAUGCCAACGACUUCACAUAGUCGAGCAAUUCCUCCAUCUUCUUCUCGGACAGCUUGUGUGAGCAUGAGUACAACUCGUGUCGAGAAUCAUAAACUCGAAGGCUUUGUUUUCAAUGAAUUUCGCGUCAAGAAUGUUGCAGAUUGCGCCAUGAAGUGUUUUGCCGAGAUUCACUGUUUCUCGUUCAAUUUCAUUCCCGCGACAAUGAGUUGUGAACUCAAUAAUUCAGCUCAACGCUUGGGCUCUAAAAAUCUCAAAGCAACUCCUGACGUGAACUAUUUUUACAGAAAUUUGUGAUGAACAAACGCGUGCAAGCCUCGUAAGCCGUGUUGAUAAACAGAAUUUCUAUAUUCAUUUUUUUUAUACAGAGUGCAUCAAAAUUUUUACUGGGCCUCCAGAAAGAACAGUUUAGA